AUGGCAGCAACGGCAGAUAUGCCUUCGCGCGAACCGCCGCCAACAUCGGACACCGGUAGACUGGCCUCCAUCUUGAAAAAGUUACUUGGAAAGGAUAGCACGCUAACAUCGUCGGUAUCGUCUGACCAAGAAUCUAGGACAUCUCUGGAUUGUUCGCCAACCUCGGGCUUGUUGCGGAAGGUGUCGAGAAAAGUGGUUCCCGGGUUGCCCCGCGUCAAAACUUUUAAGAGGCAGCAGUCCGAGGUGAGGGAGAAGCUUGAGGCGAUACAGCCUACGUCAGCGGAACGCAGGGCUGUCUCCGUCGACAGGCGAUUGCGCACUCAACGUAGUCUCUCUCGCACAAACGAACCCCUGCCACGUGCAAGCGCGCCCGACUUCUUCUUCGAAGACACGCAGCCUUCCAUUGGCCCUCCUACCGUGGUAUCGCAUGAAGUAUUGUCGGCUUCUGAGAGCCCCCUCGAUGAGAAACAGUUCUUAAGUCUCCAAGAUACCAACAGCGUCAACAGCGCCAAUCUAGAUAGGGAAAACCGUGAAUUACUCCAACCUGCGCCUAGCUAUCUCGAAGCUUUAUCGCCUGUUGAUGUUCAGUCCACUACGACGUCUCAGUAUGAUGCAAUGAUCAAUGACGAGCUAGAGCGGAAAUGGAUCCUGAAUUUAAGUAUGCACUUCCGAGAUAAGUCUAAGAGGGAGAAGUUUUUCGUCACUUACCGCGAGCAUGAGUCCGUAUGGAGGCGAGUCACUAUAUCUCUGGAUUAUCGAAACGCUCCAGACGAUUCUCUGGAGAAGGACCUACUCCAGAUCAAGUUCCAAAGGGAGAAGAGUGCCAAGAUAUAUGAAGCUAUACGCGAAAGCCUUCAAGAUAUCCAGUUUUAUUCCACUGUCACCAACCUGAAGUUGCAGACUACUGAAGGAAGGUUGCACGUCCAUGUAGUGGAAGACGUUAACGAGAUCAUAAACUACCCCACCGUUCGUAUGAUCCAGCAUUUAAAAUGCCGGCGUGUCAGGGAGAGAGAUCUAGCGUUCGAGUCCCAUAUGUCGGGGUUCGUCUACAAGGUUCGUGUCGCUGGACAGACACUCAUCAAGAAAGAGAUUCCAGGGCCAGACACAGUGGACGAGUUCCUCUACGAAGUCAACGCCCUUAACUCCUUACACUUCUCCAGAAACGUCAUUGAAUUUUAUGGUGUGAUAGUUGAUGAUGAAGACGAGAUGGUUAAGGGCCUACUCAUCAACUACGCAGAAAAGGGUGCGCUCAUUGACCUUAUCUACGAUUCUCAAGAGGAUGGCCGUAUUCUCCCAUGGUCCCUCCGAGAGAAGUGGGCAAGACAAAUCGUUCAAGGGUUAUCGGACGUCCACGAAGCCGGGUUUGUGCAAGGUGACCUUACGCUUUCUAACAUCGUCAUUGACUAUGAAGAUAAUGCAAAAAUAAUAGACAUCAACCGACGGGGCUGUCCGGUGGGCUGGGAACCUCCGGAGGCAACUGCACUUAUCGAUAGCAACCAGCGGAUAUCGAUGUAUAUCGGGGUCAAGUCUGACCUCUAUCAGUUAGGGAUGGUAUUGUGGGCACUCGCGACUCUGGAAGAUGAGCCGGAAGCACAUCGACGGCCGCUCCGAUUAGCUUCCGAAAUCGAUGUCCCGGAUUGGUAUCGCACGAUGGUAGAAUACUGCUUACACGAGGAUCCACGUGUCCGAGUCCAGGCCUCCAUACUGCUUAGGCUGUUCCCACAGCCUGUAUACAGCGACGAUUAUGAUAAGCACGAUCUGCCGUCAAUUUCUGUCGACGAUGGAAAUUCCUUACGGGAAUACACAGUAGACGGCUACGAAGAUAACGGCCAUCCACACGUCAAAGCGGCUCAGCUUCGAGAUGUCUGGCCGUACACCUCAUUUAGUAAUACACAUGUUGCACCAACAGACUUGUCCGUUGACCAAUACUAUCCAUCGAGGGGAAGAUCCCCAGCCAGGUCAUUGCCCAGCGAUCACAACAUGUAUAGGCCGCCGUACACGGAACAACACGACAUGUGGACUAAUUUUAUGGACCCAUAUACCGCUGGCCUGGAACUGGGACAGGAGAUCGCCGAGACACCCAGGAGGAUGCAGGCGCCGGAAGAGAUAUUUGAAGAAGUGCAAAGAGAUCUAGAGGCGGGACUGGCUCAGAUGACUGGCAACGAAAGCCAGACGAAGGUGCCCGCGUCGGUAACUAGCGCCAAUAAUGCGAUUAGGAUUGACGAUGAGAAUACCAAAGGAGCCUUGCCUCUACCUGUCACAGGUACAGCAGCCAUUACUCUCGGUGAUACCCAUACAAGCAAUGCUCUAGGUGAAGAGAGUAGUUUGAAAAAUCCGCGGUCCGGCUCCAAAGACGACGCCCUGGAGCAGCUCGCGAUAGCACAGCCUAACGAACCACCAGGGGGCGUACAUACAACCACGAUUCCGGUCCAUUCCCAGAUUGAUGAAGCUAUUCAUCCACAUGCAGAUGGAGAUAAAGAAUCCGAGUCGUUCCAACAUUAUACGCACGACAGAGACGUAUCGACGCAGUCAACGGCGACGUCAUCUUUCCAACCACCCGAGUCCCCUCCUCAGGGUAUGCCAACUGAACUGACGGGUGUUGGAUCAAAAUACGAUCAUGACGAAAUUCGAAAGAUGACCUUAGAUGAUGAUUUGGGUCUUGCUACGACAACUACAGCCACAGCAGCAACGAACGUGACAUCUCAAGCCUGA